GUGAGCAAGUGUUGUGUCACACAGUUUCUGCCAAUUUUAUCUGUGUUUCUGUUUCUGUGUUUUGCAUCUGUGUGUUGUUUAUUUGUUUACUUGUGGACAAGGAUGACGUAACAAUGCUGUUACUGAUCUUGCUGGCUGCGCUGGGGCGCGCGGGCGCGGCGUGCCCCUGGGCGUGCGCCUGCCGCCCCGCCGCCGUCGACUGCGCGCACCGCGACCUGCUGCAUGCGCCCCGACCCCUGCCCGCUGACACGCUGCGCCUAGAUCUGCAAGGCAACAACAUAAGCAUAAUAUUCCAAAGCGACUUUCAAAAACUGAAGGAUAUGAAAACACUGCAAUUACAAGAAAACCAAAUCCACACGAUAGAACGAGACGCCUUCGUCGAGCUGACAGCGUUAGAAAACCUGAAACUAAACAAUAAUCGGCUGAGCCACUUGCCAGAUGGUCUUUUUGUGAGAUUGAGGCAUCUACAACGUUUAGACCUCAGCCGGAACGACUUAACCGCCAUCAGCCGGCGCACCUUCCGCGGCCUCACGGCACUCAAGUCGCUCCACCUCGGCUGGAACCAGAUCAAAUGUAUUGACGAUAAGGCCCUGGAACAUUUGAAGAGCUUGCAGUAUCUGACGUUAAACAACAACAACCUAACCUACCUGUCUCUGGACGCGGCGAUGGUAGCGCGGCUGCACGCUCUGCGUCUGUUCGACAACCCCGUGGUGUGCGACUGCCGAGUGGCGCGGCUCAGCGCGGCCGUGCGCGCGGCCGGCCUGCUCGGCGUCGGGGCGAGAUGUCAGGCGCCAGCUGCACUGCGCGGAGCCUUCCUCAGCGAGAUAGAACCUCAUGAGCUAGUUUGUAACGGCCCCAACACAGCCACAACAGCGGAGUGUUCCGCGGAGGCGCGCUGCCCGCCGCCGUGCCGCUGCUCGCCCGACGGCACCGUCGACUGCCGGGAGCGGCUGCUCGCCGCCCUGCCCGCCGCCAUACCGCACCGGGCCACUGAGAUACGCUUAGAACAGAACGAGAUAACAGAAGUGGGCGCGGGCGCGUUCGCGUCUGUCAAACGAGUCGCGCGUAUUGACCUGUCGAACAAUAAGAUAACUAAGAUCGCGGGAGACGCUUUCAAUGGUCUGGUGCAUUUGACGUCUUUAGUACUGUAUGGAAAUAAGAUAAAGGACUUACCAUCCGGGAUUUUCCAUGGACUCACAUCAUUGCAGUUAUUGUUACUCAAUUCGAACGAAAUUUCUUGCGUCCGGAAGGACACAUUUAGAGAUCUGCAGAGCUUAAAAUUGUUAUCGCUCUACGACAACAACAUUCGAACUCUACCAAACGGCACUUUUGACGCAUUGACAGGCAUACAGACGCUACACCUCGGACGGAACCCGUUCUCGUGCGACUGUUCGCUCCGCUGGCUGGCGCGCUACUUGCGCCGCAACCCGAUCGAGACGUCCGGCGCCAAGUGCGACGCGCCCAAGCGGGUCAGUCGCAAGCGUAUAGACGCGCUGCGGGAGGACAACUUUAAGUGCAAACCGGGUGAGGACACACUAGAAGCGUGUGGGGACGAGCCCCCGUGCCCCGCGCAGUGCGCGUGCUCGCGCGGCAGCUCGGGCCGCGGGCUGCGCGUCGCGUGUGCGCGAGCUGCACUAUCGGAUAUACCACGCGACCUGCCGAUGGAUACACAUGCUCUCAUAAUGCCAGACAACAAUCUUGGUCAGAUCAAGUCUGACGGCUUCCUCGGUCGUCUGCCAGAUCUCACCAAGUUAGAUUUUAGAAACAAUGGUAUCACCAUAAUAGAAGACAACGCGUUUGACGGCGCUGCCAACAUCCAGGAACUACUGUUAGACUCCAACCUGCUCGAGACAGUGACUGAUAAAAUGUUCUUUGGGCUUCAUAGCUUGACUAUAUUAUCUCUAGCAGAUAAUAAAAUACGAUGCAUCGCUCCAGGAUCCUUCGACCAUCUCAGCAUGCUGUCCACACUGACGUUAUCCGGCAACCCGCUGGAGUGCACAUGCCACACAGCAUGGCUGGCGGGCUGGCUCCGCACGCGCCGCCUCGCGCCCGCCGCCAGCUGCGCGCGCCCCGCGCCGCUCGCCGGCACCGAGCUCGCGCAGGCUGAUGUCGCGGAGUUCAAGUGUGCGGCGGAGGACACAGGCUGCCUGCCGGCGGACUACUGCCCGCAGCGCUGCACGUGCGCGGGCAGCGUGGUGCGCUGUGCGCGCGCACGGCUCGACGCGCUGCCCGAACGCAUCCCGCCUUACACUACUGAGCUGUACCUAGAAUCGAACGAGAUAACCAGCAUAUCCCCAGAGCAGAUCAACCACCUUACGCAGUUGACUCGACUCGAUCUCUCUAAUAACAAGAUCAGCGUCCUCUCUAACAAUACCUUUGAGGGUCUCAGCAAGCUGUCCACGCUGAUAGUCAGUUACAAUAGACUGAGAUGCGUGCAGCGCGACGCCCUAAAGGGUCUCACGCAGUUACGAGUGCUCUCUCUUCACGGGAACAACAUAUCGAUGUUGGCUGAUGGUGUGUUCCGCGACUUGGAGUCGAUAUCUCAUGUCGCGCUGGGCUCCAACCCGCUGUACUGCGACUGCGCGCUGCGCUGGCUGGCGCGCUGGGUGCAGCGCGGCGAGCUCGUGGAGCCGGGCAUCGCGCGCUGCAACGCGCCCGCGCGCAUGCGCGACAAGCUGCUGCUCAGCACGCACCCCGCUGCCUUCGCCUGCAAUGGCGACCCGCCCGCGGACAUAGUGUCCAAAUGCAACAAGUGCUACCGCAACCCGUGCGCUAACGGCGGCUCGUGCGCGCCGACCGCGGGCGGCGGCUUCCAGUGUUCGUGUGCGCGCGGUUACCAUGGCGACACGUGUCAACACCAGAUAGACGCGUGCUAUGGGUCUCCAUGUGCGUUUGGGACGUGCCAACUGCUCGAAGAAGGACGGUUUCAUUGCGCGUGCCUCGCGGGCUACACGGGCGUUCGCUGCGAGGCGAACAUCGACGACUGCGUGUCGCAUCGCUGCCAGAACAACGCCACGUGUGUCGACCACCUCGAGAGUUAUACGUGCAAGUGUGCCCCAGGGUUCAUGGGCGAGUUCUGCGAAAAGAAGAUCCCGUUCUGCACCGCGGAGUUCAACCCGUGCGCGAACGGCGGCACGUGCGUCGACCACACCAGCCACUACACGUGCUCCUGCCCGCGGGGUUACUCGGGGCAGAACUGCACUGUCAAUGUCGACGACUGUAUCAAUCACAUGUGUCAGAACGGCGCGACAUGCGUGGACGGCCUGGACGAGUACCGCUGCACGUGCGCGGCCGGCUACGCGGGGCGCUACUGCGAGGCGGCGCCGCACGCCGCGCUCGGCACCUCGCCCUGCGCGCACCACGACUGCGUGCAUGGCGUGUGCUACCUGCCCGCGCUCGCGCUGCAGGAUGACAUUAUGAUGGAGCGACCGCUGCUGGCGCCCGCCAACGACUACCUGUGCAAGUGUGCCCCCGGAUAUUCAGGUCGUCUGUGCGAGUACCUCACGUCGCUCAGCUUCAACCACAACGACUCGUUGGUCGAGCUCGAGCCGCUCCGCACCAGCCCGCAGGCCAACGUCACACUGGUGUUCAGCACAAAGCAGCAGCACGGUGUGUUGAUGUACUUCGGCGCUAGCGAGCACCUCGCGGUGGAACUGUUCAACGGACGCAUUCGGAUCAGCUACGAUGUCGGCAACCAUCCCACUUCUACUAUGUACAGUUUCGAGAUGGUGUCUGAUGGCGCGUAUCACAAGGCGGAAUUGCUCGCUGUCAACAAGAACUUUACGCUCAGAGUCGACGACGGACCCGCACGAUCCAUCAUCAAUGAAGGCAGCAAGGAGUACCUGCGCCUGGAGCGGCCGCUGUACGUGGGCGGAGUCCCCCGUGACGUGGCGCGAGACGCGUUCGCCAAGUGGCACCUCAGGAAUAUUACCAGCUUUAAGGGUUGUCUAAAAGAAGCGUGGAUAAACCACAAGCGCGUGGACUUCGUGAACGCGGCGCGUUUAGUGCGCACUGGGGCGGGGUGUGCGGGCGACGGGCCGGCAACGCCGCACCACGACGCGCCGCAGGAGGACGGCGCGCACCGACCCGACCCGUGCGUGCCGAACCCGUGCCGGCGCGGCGGGCGGUGCGCGCGCGAGGACGGCUCCAGCUCGGACUACACGUGCCGCUGCCGGCCCGGCACCGCCGGCGCGCAGUGCGAGCUGCUCACCUCGCUCGGAGGCGCUCCCGUGAUCACGCAGAAUAAGUUGCCAGCUCGGAAGCAAGCCAUCAGCAACGUACAAGCUUCACCCGCUGCUCCCGCCGCGGCCCCCGAGCGAGCUCCGGCAGCUUCACCACCACAGACUGCGUGUAGAAAGGAAGCGACUCGCGAGUUCAUAACGGAAGGUUCGUGUCGUUCCCGACGCGCGGUGCGCGGCGCGAGAUGUGUCGGACCCGUUAGAUCCGGAGUAUCCGGAACAUCCGGGUUCGGAUCCGGAGCACCCGGAACAUCCGGAUUCGGAUCCGGAGUAUCUGGGUCGGGAUCCGGACCCGGAGCGUGCGGCAAGGCCCAGUGCUGCGCGCCACGGAAGACUAAGAAGAGAAAGAUUCGGCUCGUGUGCGCGGACGGCACUCGUUACACCAAAGACAUAGAGAUAGUGCGCAAGUGUGCUUGCGGCAAAAAGUGUGCGCGAAAUACCUUCCUCCACUAGACACACUAACUUCAACUCUAUCCCAUUGCAAUAUGGUUCAAAAUCGAGUAUUUGGUUUUAACUACACGAAUUAGAAAGAUCAUUGAAUUUUUCGUAAGAUCGAAACAAUUUUUAAACGAAUAAACUUAAACAACACUGCCCUUAAUAAUGUUUAUUUAUUAAUCUUGAAUCAUAUCUAGAACACUGCCUCAAAUGUUACAAAUUGUGAAUGCUAUGAUUUUAAUAUGUACGUAAAAGGCAUAAAUAGGUUAAAACUUAGACGCCAUUUUGGUGAAGUAAAAAUAUAAU